AUGACGGGGCGGCCCCCUGUGGAUUUACACAGAGGUAGCUGGUUUGCUAAACAUGGAGGGGCCAGGCUGCGCUUCGGUGGUGUGCCUGGAGGUCCGAACGUCAGCAGCAGCAAGGGUCCAAGCCCCGCCAGUGAACGUCGAAAAGUGCCUCCUGUGUCAAAGAGUUUCUCAACUACUGAAAUGAGUGACGCGCUGGAUGAUUUGUUGCUGCAUGCCCGGGCCACACUCAAGCAGCUGGAUGCCAUGAGGGCUCAGCACGCUAAAAAUUCAGGUGGAAGUCGCCAACCUGUCAUGAGAGGCUUAGGUGGUGUGCGUCCUCAUUUUUGGAGACCCAGCUGUCAAGCACAUCUCUGGACAGGUGCUACACACGACUUUGAUGACUUGCUAUUUGAUAGCGAUGAGGACCUGGAGUCCAGCGAGAGUGAAGGCAGCGUGGACUGGGACUUCCUGCAUGGAGUUAGAGGUGCCAAACCGCCAGGUCUAGGCCCUUUCCGAUCCCCUGCUGCGGAUGCCGCACGAGCGGCGAGUACUGCGAAAGCACCGCCGCUGCCAAAACGCGUCUUCACAGUGCCACCCCCACCACCGCCCCGCAAGACGGCGAAGGAAGAUGGAAACACUCGAGGGGCCACUGGAGGUGGUGCACCGCCGUCCAGCUCAGGCGCACAACAAGCCCAAGGCCAAAGAUGCGAUGGUGCAAAGGGCGCGCAAAGGGGUCAUGCAGCAGGCUUCCGCUUUGGAGGGGCAAUGGCCAAGGCACCAGCUCCCACCUUAGCUGGGCCAGAAGCAGAAGUGAGAGCAUCUUUAGAGGCUGCUCAAAGCUCUGGUGGUGCUGAUGGUGGACGUCAAGCACUCAAGCGGCUGCUCCUCCGCUGGCACCCCGACAAAGCACAGCAAGGGGAGAGCCCUGAGGCUGUGUUGCUGACAGCCGAUGCGGGCAACUUCAGCCAGAACAUCUCUUUCCAGGACCUCCAUGGCAAGCUGAAUUAUCUCAGACUUCGGAAUGGCAGUCUUCAAUGGUGCGCCGAGAAGCGCUGCCAUCAGCCAAAGUCUCUCCAGUUGGACUUUAAUAGUAGCCUAGAAGGCGACGCUGCAGGUUGCAAGUACCACGUGAUUGGGCAAUUGCCAGACAGAACAACAUCCAGACCUUCAGCCACCAAGCUGGACCUGACGGCCAUGCCUCCGCACAUAGGGCCUGGGCCCCUAAUCUUGCGCGAUGGCAUGAUGGCGCAACCAGCGACGAAACCCUUGGUGAAGAGCUUGAUCCCAACUCAGGUGCAGUUGUCAGCAAAUUUCCUUGGGCCGCUGCAACGGGAUCUUGUGAGAGAAAUGCAGAUGAUGGCGAAGCAGGCGGGUGUGCCGAUUUCUGGAAGUGCACUGGAUGAGCUGAGUGCUCCCGCUGCUGGUGAGGUAGGCACAGAUGAAGGACUAUCCUUUCCUGUGCCACUUCAGCCAACUGGCAACAUAUUCAUUGUCUUGAAUUGGACAAAUGCCACCGAGCCCUGUGUGGCCGUGGUGCCACAUCCAGAGGAUUGCAGCACUUGUUCCUUUGGCCCAGACAGCUGUCGAGCUAAUUCACGCUUGGAGGGCCCGGACAAGGAGACCCUGCUUUCUUAUCAGCUUCCACGUCAGCCCUUUAUGUUGACCGACGACCUGAAUGCACGGCACGAGCAUUCGGUUUGCAUCAGGGAGGCUAAUGGCACUGUGCCGUCCCUUCGGUUGCUGGGGCGGAUUGCCUACUACAGGAAGCCACAAGUAAGCUUCAUCAAGAACAUUUUGAUCAUUGGCGUUCGGACCUUCAUCAACCCGGGCUGGCACGAAGAGAUACAUUUGCAGUGCACCAACUGCUCAGCAGCAAGCCAGGUGGUGGUUCAGCCUAUCUCCUAUGACUCGCGCUGCCGCAGCGUCACGCAGCAGAUGCUGGCAGCUCUGGCAGUUGCCAACCGUCACGAGGAGAUGCCAGCUUCAGUGGACAUAUCGGAAUUGCGCAACAGUCAGAUGGAGGAAGCUGCACAGCAUGGCACGACGGCCGGAAUCAAUUGUCCAGUGCCUUCAUCCGGUCCAUGCUCUGGUUACGCCGACGGAGCAUUCGCGGUGGGCUACCGGAAGUCCACUGACUAUGAUGACACAUCGCACGCCACAUUCAUUCUGGACAGCUCCAGAAGGUUAACUGGUCACGAGAAGCAGAUCUUCUUCCACCAUAGGAGCGCAAUUUGCCUCUAUCCAGGAGGGCCAGCAGCGCAUGGCUGGUUGGUGGGCUUCGCAGUGGUCCACAUGCCCUUCGACUGA